AUGACCAACGUUAUAUACGACCGUGAAACUUUACUCAGAACAGUAUCUACUUUUCCUUUAAUUGACAAUCACUGUCAUAAUCUUUUAACGCCUGAUGCUUCGUUAUCUUGUCCAUUGGAAAUAUGCUUUUCAGAGGCUCAGGGUGAUGCAUUAAAAGAUGUGCCUCAAACUAGUGCCUUUAAACGAGGUAUACGCCAGCUUGCUGAACUUUAUAAUUGUCCACCAACCUUUGAUGAUAUCAAAAAAGUGAGGGAUCCAAAACCACAUAUUGAUAUAUGUAAAAUUUGCUUUGAACCUACUGGCAUCCAGUCCUUGCUUUUGGAUGAUGGGCUUAAUCCGUUAGGUGGCAUUAUGGAUGUACAAAGUCAUGUAGGAUUAGUUGAUGUAGCGCGAAGAAUCGUGAGAAUUGAAAGUAUUGCAGAAGAGAUCUUAUAUGAUUUGGCAACAUCUGUAACUAGUACAGAUCAAAGAGUGUUGAAUUUUUCUGCAUUCGAAGAACCAUUGAAAAAGCAACUUGAAACCUGUGCAAAAUCUGAAUCAGUAGUGGGCUUCAAAAGUGUUGCUGCUUAUAGGUCAGGAUUGAAUAUCGAUUGUGUUCCAAAUGCUGAAGCUGCUGCGAUUGCUUUAGGAAACUUUAUUUCGGACUUUGAUAAGAAAGGACCUGUUAGACUUGCUAAUAAAGCGGGAUACCUUGUUUCAGUAUAUUCCAAUGUAUAUGUUGAUAUCGGUCUCGUUUUUCCUAUUAUUUCCGCAUCCGGUCAGCAGUCCAGUUUACGCGAGCUGUUGGAGAUUUGCCCAAGUAAUAAAAUAUUAUUUAGUACAGAUGGCCAUUACCAUCCAGAAUCUUUCUAUGUCGCCGCAAUUCAAGGAAGAGAGACUUUAGGCAGGGUUUUAUUAGAUUCUGUAGAAAAUGGUGAAUUGUCAUAUGAAGAAACAAUAAAAAUCGCUAAACAAAUUAUGUUCGAGAAUUCCAAUACACUAUAUAAACUCAAUUUAACUCCGAAACUGACCGAUAAUGAAGCACUGUUUAAAGGAUAUAAAGAUGUUUCAGGGGAACAAAAAAUCGUUAAAUUAAAAAAAAUGGGGGUGAAAUUUGUUCGUGUCGGCUACAUGGAAUGUUCUAGUCAAUAUAGAUUUCAUAUCAUUCCCAUUGAUCGUUUCCAAAGCUACAUCGCUAGCCAUGGAGUGACAAUUAUGCGAGCUCUCACAGCUUUACCUUAUUACGGAGAUGUAGUUCCAGAGACUGUUGGUGUCACCGCAUCUGGUGAAUUAUUAAUGAAACCUGACCUUAGUACACUCGUACAUUUACCUUAUAAUCCUAAACAUGCAAAUGUUCAAGUUUUCUUUGAAAAUAAAUUGACACCAGCAGAUCCUGAAUAUGGAAAGAUUGAUAAUUUACCUAAUUAUUUGGCUUAUCCUCUUUGUCCUAGAACUUGUCUUAAAAAUAUUAUUGAUUAUGCCCGUAAAGAGUUUAAUAUCACUUUUUUAGUUGGAACUGAGCUUGAGUUCAUCUUACUUAAAGGAACCACGCCUCCGGUGCCCGUUGAUGAUACUGUUUAUGCUGCCGCUAGUUCUUUUCGUGGUUCUACUUCUGAAAUUUUGGAUAAGAUGGUUGAAUCUUUGCAAGAGCAAGGGAUUGAAGUCGAACAAUUUCAUUCUGAAGCAGCAACAGGUCAAUUUGAAAUUGUUACUGGACCAGAAAGUCCAUUGAUUGCGGCAGAUAGAAUGGUUGUAUCACGUCAAACAAUAUAUGAUGUUGCUGCUCAAGCUGGUAUAAAAGCAACAUUUGUGCCUAAACCCUUUAAGGAUCAAGCGGGAUCUGGUGCACAUGUGCAUCUAUCUUUCAAAGAAAUCGACAAGUCUCAGAAAGUUGAUGACGGUCACCCUUCAGGACUAUCUCCAUAUGAAAGAUCAUUCAUUGCUGGUGUGCUGUAUCAUAUAAAGGCAAUUUGUGCCUUUGCAUUGCCGACAAACCAUUCCUAUACACGCACUGUUGAUAAUUGCUGGGCCGGAUCUUGGAUCUGUUGGAGUGUUGAAAAUCGUGAAGCUCCAAUCAGAGUAUGUUAUAGACCAAAGAUUGGACCCAAUGGGAAAUAUCUUGAUGUUCAUUUCGAACACAAAUUUGUAGACGGUACUUCCAACCCGUACCUGGUUUUCACUGCCAUUAUUGCUUCGGGAGUUGAUGGAAUCAAGAAAGGAAUGCAACUUAUUAGUGAUCCUAUGCUCGAUAAUCCUGCUGCUCUAAGCAAUGAAGAACGUAAAAGGAAAGGUGUUACUGAGAGAAUGCCUGGAAGUCUAUUAGAUACAUUAAAAGCAUUGAAGGAGGACAAAGUACUUAUCGGAGCUUUUGGUGAGCCCAUGAUACGAUGUUAUGUCGGAGUAAAAGAGGAUGAACAUAAAUUUUGUAAAUCUAAGAGUGAUGAAGAACAACUCAAAGUAUUGCUCAAGCGAUAUUAA